AUGCUCGGGGCGGCGCUGCGGGGGGCGGCCGCGGCGGGCCUGGCUCUGUCUCCGCGGCGGGCCUUCAGCCUCUCGGCCCCGCUGGAAACGGUCAUCGUGGAGCGAUGGUGGAAGGUCCCGCUGAGCAAGAUCGGCCAGAAGCCUCGCAUCAAGCACCGCCGGUUCCGCGUCUACCGCCUGGUGGAGGACACCAAACACAGCCCGCAGGAGCCGAUGGAGCUCAUACUCACGGAGUCUGUAGAGGGUUUGGGCCUCCGCGGCGACACCGUCUUUGUGGAGAAGUCCUACGGUCGCAACAAACUCCUUGCCAAUAACCUGGCCGUUUACCCGUCUCCCGAGAACAAGAAGAUGUUUGAGGAGGAAAUGCAGCUGCUUAAGGAAGGGAAGCUGGCGAAAUCCCAGACCCUCAGCGGUGUAAAGACAAUCCGGUUCCUGCAAAGCUGCCACCUAGAGGUGGGAAUGAAGAGCAGCGUCAAGUGGGAGCUGACCCCUGAGAUCGUCGCCCGCCAUUUCCUCAAAAACCUCAAGGUUAUGGUCCCCCCGUAUGCUGUGAAGCUGCCGGAAGAGCCCAUUACGCAGUUGGGCGAAUACUGGUGUGAAGUCACGGUCAACGGCCUUGACACCGUCCGGGUCCCCAUGUCGGUGGUGGAAUUCCUGGAACCCGAGGUGAAACGCUAUAAGCUCUGGUUGGCCAAACAGGAGGCGAAGAAAGCAUCCACGCUGUGA